GGCUGUUGCCAGUGGGUUCGAUCUACUCUCUAGUGUUUUUUUCUCUUUUUCGACUAAUGGCCUUGAGCCGGCUCUCGUUGGCCUCUCUUCCUACGACGGAGUUCCCUGUUUCAUUUGCUUCCUGCUCAAUCUCCAAUUUGUGCUUGACACUUCCCUUUUUUGCUCGCCAGUUAGUUCGUGCACUUCUAUUGGACCCAUUUUCUUCGCCUUUGGGCAGUUGAGAACCUCUUGUCUUGGACAGACAGACUUUGUGUAGCCCUCGCUGUGCUGGAACUCACUCUGUAGACCAUGUUAGCCUCUAACUCAGAGAUGUACCUGUAUCUGCCUCCCGAGUGCUGGGAUUAAAGAGUUCUGCAUCAUGGCAGUCAAGUGGACCAGUGGACACUCAUCUUCUGUCCUCUGCCUAAAUGCAAGUAAAGAUGGGCUGGUGGCUUCAGGAGCAGAGGGUGGAGAGCUUGUGGCUUGGGGUGAAGAUGGGACUCCAUUAGGACACGUACAGUUGGAAGGGGCUGAUGAUGUUACCAGCAUCCUGUUUUCUCCCUCCUGCCCCACCAAGCUCUAUGCCUCCCAUGGAGAAAGCAUCAGUGUACUAGAUGUCAGGUCUCUUAAAGGGACCCUGGACCAUUUUCAUGUGAAUGAUGAAGAAAUCAAUUGUCUUUCACUAAAUGAAACGGAAAGUUUGCUGGCUUCUGCUGAUGACUCUGGAGCAAUCAAAAUCCUGGACUUGGAAAAGAAGAAAGUCACCAGGUCCCUGAAGAGACAUUCUAACAUCUGUUCCUCUGUGGCUUUCCGACCUCAGCGGCCUCAGAGCCUGGUGUCAUGCGGCCUGGAUAUGCAGGUGAUGCUGUGGAGUCUUCAAAAAGCCCGACCCGUCUGGAUUACAAAUUUACAGGAGGAUGAAACAGAGGAAACAGAAGGCCCCCAGUCCCCUGGUCGGCUCCUAAACCCCGCUUUAGCCCACUCUGUCUCUGUGGCAUCGUGUGGCAAUGUUUUCAGCUGUGGUGCAGAGGAUGGUAAGGUGCGCAUCUUCAGGGUGAUGGGAGUCAAGUGUGAGCAAGAAUUGGGAUUUAAGGGUCAUACUUUGGGGGUAUCCCAAGUCUGCUUUCUGCCUGCGUCCCAUCUGCUGCUUACUGGAGGGAACGAUGGAAAGAUACGGUUGUGGGAUGUGGGCAGUGAAAUGGAGAAGAAGCAAAAGAGUCCUGCAAAACACACCCACAGGAAGAAAGCAAAAAGAGCGGCUUGCCCCAAGCAGGGUGGGAACUCCAGUGCCACGGGAGCAGAUGAGGAGAAGCAUGCAAAGAUUCUGCCAAAGCUCGACAUUGAACAUGGAGAAAAAGUGAACUGGCUCUUGAGUACAAAAAUAAAAGGACAGCAAAGUAUAUUAGUGGCCGAUCAGACGAGUUGUAUAUCCAUGUAUCCCUUAAGUGAACUUUAGGGCCAAUAAAAAACUCUGUAAGAACUCUGA